GUUAAGCACACCUCUAUAUUUGACACAGUUCUAGUUUUCUUCUUCUUUUCAAAUAGUUUUUGACAGAUCCAUGUGUUUUCAUAUUCUUUUUAAAACCAAUAUUAAUCUUUUAUUUUUCUGAUGGUUUAUAAACGUAAAAAGUAUCAUUACGGUGACACCCAUUUGAAAAAAAAGUGGAGAACAAAACGCCGAACGAAAGAUUUAGAUGAGAUCGACGAGGACUUGAAAGUAAAUAAUAGCGAAAAACUAUUGAAUCAAGAAGUCGAUUUCGAUAAACCAGGCUCUGCUCAACACUAUUGCCUACAUUGUGCUAGAUAUUUCAUAUCGGAUAACGCUUUACAAGAUCACUUUAAAACCAAAGUUCACAAGAGACGAUUAAAAGCGUUAGAAUUGGAACCAUAUACAGUCGAAGAAUCUGAACGAGCUGCCGGUUUUGGUAAUUGGAAAACUCCUAUUAAAAGAAAAAUCGAAACGCAACCUUCAAAAUCGUAUAAAGAAGAUUUAGAAUCGUCGAGUAAAAAAAUGAAAAUUGAUGAUGAUGAACUAUAAAGUGAUUUGUAAUUUAAAAAGGUUUUAUUCUUCUGCUUUGUAUAUAACAGGAGAUAAAGCACAAAAAACGUACGUAGUGUUAAAUCCUGUAAUAGAUUUUGAAAAACAUUUAACAAAACCAGAUAAAUUAUUGAAAAACAUCGAAGCGCGAGGUUUACCAAUAAACGUUGAUGCCAUUGUGAAAAAAUGGAUUUUUUUUCAAGAUAUACUCAACCGAAAACAAACUUUAGAUCAAACCAGGCAGGAUAUUUUUCAAAAUAUUUCCCAGUUGUUAAAAAAACAAGAAGUUGAUCAAAUGGAGGUUGAUAAGUGGAGAUUGCAUGCAAAAAUAGUUAAAGAUGAUCUUAAACAUCUUAAAGAUUCGUAUUAUGACGUCGAAGGGUCUACAAUAUUACAAAUACUUGGAUUACCGAAUGAUUUACAUAAUAAAACCCCUUUUGUUAAGAAAAAUGUCGUUUGUACACAUUCGAUUAAACCUACAAAUUCUUCUUUAAAUAAUAUCGAUAUAGGAAUCCGAAAUGGUUAUUUAAAAUAUUUAGAUCCAUUUACUUGUUAUUUAAAAUCAGAUGCGGCUUUAUUAGAACUCAGUAUUUUGGAAUAUUUCAAAAGAAAGUUGAUAAAACUCGGUUAUUUACUAUUUUCGAAUCCAAAUGUCUGUAGAACGAUCAUUGUUGAAGGUGAAGAAAUUUGUAGUGGUAGGGACAAAGUUUUAACCAUCGACGAGCAAGAUCGCGACGAUGAUAACUUAAACCGUCUCCAUUUGUGCGGUUCAGGAACGUUGAAAUCAUUUAUGGUUUAUUUCGCACGACAUAUCGUCAACCAAGUAGUUUUACCUUUGAAAUAUUUUUCUCUCGGUAGGAUUUACCAACCAAUUCGUACCAAUUGUGAUUCUAGUUUAUUAAAUUUAUCUCAACAGAGUGUUAUUAACAUUUUUCAGGCAGAUUUAGAAGAAAAUAGGGAAGAUUUGGAUGGUUUUAUCGAAUUGAUUUCAAAUAUUUAUGGUAUACUGGGUGUUCAUUAUCGUAUUGUGAUUUUACCCGCUAAUCAAAUUGAGAAAGCUGAAAGUUUGAGGAUAUCCAUCGAGAUGUACUCUAAUUUCAGAGAGGAGUAUAUCGAAGUUGGGAAUAUAUCUUUUUAUGAUAAUUACAUAAGUAAACGAUUAUUGUUUACUUAUAGUUGUAAUAAAGUGCGGAAAUAUCCGAAAAUUAUUGCGGGGCAGAUAUUGAACUUCCAUAAAUUUCUAGGAUGUGUCAUGGAAAAUAUUACCAGCGACUCUGAAAAUUUGUUACAUGUAUUUUUAAAAGAAAAAAUAAACCGAUUAAAUAGUGUUGUAUGAAAUAA